GCCUUGUGUGUUUUCCAACUAGAGCCCACCAACCCACGUGGCAUAAUGGCAAGAUGUUUGCAACAGUUGAGGCAGUUUCAGACUUCCUCCAUUGAUUUCCACUCUUUUAUCACCACCCCCAUCUUCUAUGUAAACGCAGAUCCACAUAUAGGUCACCUGUACACUGCCUUGCUGGCCGAUGCUGCUCAUCGCUGGCAGCUUGUAAAAGGGGUGGGACCUGCUGUGUUCUCUACGGGGACGGAUGAGCAUGGACUCAAAGUACAGAAAGCAGCAGCUGUACAAGGUUGCCCACCCAAUGAACUCUGUGACAGAAUAUCACAGAGGUUCAAGACAUUGUUUAGAUCUGCCAACAUCAGCUUCACUGACUACAUAAGAACUACAGAAUCAAGACACAUAACAAGAGUGGAGGCUUUCUGGGAGGAUCUCCACCGAAAGGGCCAUAUGUACAAGGGUUCCUAUGAGGGAUGGUAUUCUGUGCCUGAUGAAACUUUCCUCUCAAGUAGUCAGAUUGUUGACGGUCCUGAACCAGGGUCAAAAGUCUCCCUUGAGAGUGGACACACUCUGGAGUGGUCGUCAGAGGAGAACUACAUGUUUAGACUGACUGACUUUAGAGAGAAACUGUUACAGUGGAUUAACACCAAACCAUAUCCUAUUGUCCCGGAAGUAGCGCAUCAUCAAGUCCACCAAUAUCUAUUGGAUUUGAGCUCUGAUCUGUCUGUCUCGAGACCACGCUCUCGUCUACAGUGGGGCGUGCCAGUUCCGGGAGACAAUACCCAGACAAUAUAUGUAUGGCUGGAUGCCCUUGUCAACUACCUUACAGUCUCCAACCAUCCCUCUCCUGGUCACACUUGGCCUGCCACUGUUCACAUAGUGGGUAAAGACAUCCUUCGCUUUCAUGCUGUAUUUUGGCCCGCUUUCUUGAUGGCAGCUGGCCUUGAAUUACCUCAAAAAAUAGUCACUCACUCACACUGGACCAGGGGCAAGUCCAAGAUGUCGAAGAGCACUGGAAAUGUCGUUGAUCCUUUCCUGCAAAUAGAGAAGUAUGGUGUGGACUCCUUGAGAUACUUUCUGCUCAAAGAAGGAACCUUGCAACAAGAUGGAGACUAUUCAGAGAAGAGAGUAGUGUCUCUAUUGAACUCUGACCUUGCGGACACACUGGGUAACCUUGUCCAGAGAGUAACGGCCAAGAAGCUCCACGCAAGUAAAAAGAGCAGUAUUUCCCAAGCUCAGUGGAGGGCUGCCUGGUGUUUGGUGUCUGGUGCAGAAGACUUUGUUUUGUUGGAGAGGCUAAGGAAGCUUUCAGAGUCUGUUGCUGAGCAUUACGAAAACUUUGAGUUUAACAAGGGUAUUAUGAAAGUGAUGAAUUGCCUUCAUCAAACAAAUCAAUUUCUCGAAAGGCACGAGCCGUGGAAACUAGUGAAAGACCCUACCAAGCAAGAACACUUGCAAACAGUAUUAGGCGUUGCUAUAGAAUCCAUUCGACUAUGUAGCUGUCUCCUGUAUCCUAUUAUCCCUCAAUCAGCAACUGCUGUGCUUCAGAGAAUAGGAGUUGUAGGCUCUGCUGUAAACUGGAGUCCUUGUGUCAGUGACAUUGAGUGUCGGUUAACCAGCCAGGACAGAAUUGAACAUUUGUAUGUAGCUACUCAGAGUAUGGUAUUAGGAAAUACACCUUUGUUCAAGAAAAUUUCAUGAUUUUUUGCUCUACUAUUAAUGCUGUUUUUAUUCAA